AUGGAGAAGGAGAUUGCAUUGGCUUGCGAUCACUGCGCGGCGAUCCAAGAGAUUGGUCGAGUUCAUGAAGUAGCCAGCCAGCUGCAUGCCCUUCUGCGAUUAAAUAAUCAUUAUGUAGUUAAUUUUAAGGCUGCAGAGCAUGAUAAUUCCAGCUGCAAGUCGUGGCAGGAAGUCGCAGGGGAGAAGGUGCAGGAGAUACUGAAGCUCAACUCCUCCACCUUAUCGAGGGUUCAAUCCAUCGUCAACGGCUGCUGUUGCUGCAGCAACAGCUCCGGUGAACACAAGAGGAAGAAGAUAUUGGACACUGCGACAGAUAGCCAAAAGAUAAGAAGGAGGAAGGAGGAGACUUGGUCGGCGGUGACAACAGAGCCUUACCAUGACGGCCAUCAAUGGAGAAAGUACGGGAAGAAAACUAUCAACAAUGCUAAAUACCAGAGGAGCUACUACAGAUGCAUUCACAAGGAGGAAGGAUGCUUGGCGAAGAAGACGAUUCAGCAAAUAGAGGAAGAUGGGAUUGAUGACGGUGAGACGGCAGCCAGCAGGUUCAGCGUGGAGUACAUCUGCCGCCACACCUGCAAAUUAUCGACGGCGGCGGACGAGGUGUUAUUAGAACCUUUUGUGAUGGAAUCGACGACUGCGCCAAUUAGUUCUCAUAGCAGAAUUAGCACUGCAGCUGGCUCCAGCGGAAGCAACAGUACUGCUUGUUGUUCUUCGUCUUCCAAACUGGAAGAUGAUGCUUUUGUUGCUUCGCUGCUUAUCGAUCAAAUGGAGACGGUUGGCGAAGAUGGUCAUGAUAUGGAAGACUACCGGAAAGUGUUCUCGCCCAUUUAUGAAGGUUGCGGCUGGGACUGGGAAUACACAGACAACUACAUACCAUUAGGGAAUGAGUACUACAUAUGGUGAUCCAGGCAAAUGUUCAAACUUGAGCAACAGAUUUUGAAGAGCCAUAGAAUUUUUUUUCUUUAAGCAAGAACUCAUGCAUGCGGAAAUUAAUAUAUGUAGAUGGCAUUCGCUUAACUUAAACAUGGAUGCAUCGUUUACUACUCAAAUUACUGGGUACUUGCUA